AUUUUAGCAUAAUUAUAGAACACAAGAAGCAAUGUGUAAAAUCACACGAAGAACAAAUGAAAAAAGCAUUUGCACACCAAAGAAGUGAAGGCCGCGUCUGUGGCAUAUGUAUGGAAGUUGUUCUCGCCAAACCGGUUCGCAGCGAUAGAAGAUUCGGAAUACUUUCUAAUUGUGAUCAUUGCUUUUGCUUGGCGUGCAUCAGAAAAUGGCGUAGCUCUGCUCAUUCAACUAAAAGAAUUAUAAGGGCUUGUCCUCUUUGUAGAGCUAUUUCUUAUAUUGUAAUCCCGAGUGAGGUCUGGCUAUCGGAAAAGUCAGAAAAAGACGAACUACUGGAGUCUUACAAAGGAAACCUGAGUGCUAAGCCUUGUAAAUAUUUUGAUGAGGGGAGAGGUACUUGUCCGUUUAGUGACAGCUGCUUGUAUAGACAUGCUUUUCCAGAUGGAACUUUAUCAAAGGCUACUCCAAGACUAACUUACAAUAGUGAUGGACUCACUAAACCAGUUGGAACAACAACUCUCUGGGACUUUUUAGAAGAGAGAGAGGAGAGGGUAUGGACUGCACCAGAACCAAGUGAAGGAUACUGGGAUGAUGAUGAUAACCAUGAAGAAGGAUCACUGUGUGGUGGAGGAGCUACAAACUAGCUAGGACUAUUAAUGCUAUCUCCAUUUUAUACUUCUCUCCUUCAUUCUCCAGCAACCCCAGUUCUCUUUCUUGUCCCGUUUUAUUCUAAACUAAACUUUUACCUCCCUUAUCCAAUUUAGCACUAAUUUUUUUGUAUCAAAUAAUCAAUUAUUAUUAUUAUUAUUAAUCUUCAUUAUUAUUAUUAUUAACCUAUCCUUCAGAGUCAAAUGUUUAUUGUAAUUAUGCUUACAUUGACAUCGUGUUAAGCUGAA